AUGGUCCAAACUAUUGAUCAACGCGCUAUCAACACUGUUCGUGUCCUCGCUGCUGAUGUCGUUCGUGGCGCCAACUCUGGUCAUCCAGGUGCUCCUAUGGGUUGUGCUCCUAUGGCACACGUCUUGUUCAACAAGUUCAUCACCGUCAACCCUAAGAACCCCAAGUUCGUCAACCGUGAUCGCUUCGUUCUCUCCAAUGGCCACGGCUGUGCCCUUCUUUACAUCUACCUUCACCUUUUGGGCUUUGAUGUCUCCAUGGAUGAUCUCAAGCAGUUCCGUCAAGUUGGCAGCAAGACCCCUGGUCAUCCUGAAGCCCAUGAUACCCCCGGUGUUGAAGUGACCACUGGUCCUCUUGGUCAAGGUAUCUCCAACGCUGUUGGUUUGGCUGCUGCCGAAGCCCAGUUGGCUGCCACUUACAACCGCCCUGGUUUCGAGCUUUUCAACAACUACACUUACACCAUUGUUGGUGAUGGUUGUCUUCAAGAAGGUGUUGCUGCUGAGGCCGUUUCCCUUGCAGGUCACUGGAAGCUCGGCAAGUUGAUUGCUCUCUACGAUGACAACAAGAUCACCAUUGAUGGUGACACUGCUGUAUCUUUCACUGAGGAUGUUGUUGAACGUUUCAAGUCCUAUGGCUGGCACACUCUUACUGUUGCCGAUGGUGACAAUGAUGUUGAUGCUCUUGAAAAGGCCAUUGAGGAGGCUAAGGCUGUUACCGAUAAGCCCACCAUCAUCAAGGUCAAGACCACCAUUGGUUAUGGUUCCUUGUUGCAAGGUGAAGAGAAGGUUCACGGUGCCCCUCUCUCAGCCGAUGACAUCAAGCAAGUCAAGGAAAAGUUUGGCUUCAACCCCGACGAGCAAUAUGUUGUACCUAAAGAGGUCUACGAACUUUAUGGUGCUCGUGCUGCCCAUGGUGCUGCUGCUGAAGCCGAAUGGAAUGCUCUUUUUGCCAAGUACACUGAAGCUCAUCCCCAAGAGGCUGCUGAACUUUCUCGUCGUCUUGCUGGCAAAUUGCCCGAGAACUGGCAAGCUGCUCUCCCACGCUUCACUCCCGCUGAUCCUGCUGUUGCCACUCGUAAGCUCUCUGAAGGUGUUUUGACCGCCUUGGCUGAUGUUGUCCCCGAAUUGUUGGGUGGCUCUGCCGAUUUGACUGGAUCCAAUCUUACUCGCUGGAAGAAGGCUGUUGAUUUCCAACAUCCUUCCACUGGCCUUGGUGAUUACUCUGGUCGCUACUUCCGUUAUGGUGUUCGUGAACAUGCCAUGUUUGCUAUCAUGAAUGGUUUGGCUUCCUAUGGCGUUGGUAUCAUUCCUUAUGCUGGUACCUUCUUGAACUUCUUGACUUACGGCUGGGGCGCUGCUAGAUUGUCAGCUCUCUCUCAUAUCAGAGUACUUUAUGUCAUGACCCAUGACUCCAUUGGUCUUGGUGAAGAUGGUCCUACUCAUCAACCUAUUGAGACUUUGACCUUGACUCGUGCCACUCCUAACAUGUUGACCUUCCGCCCUGCUGAUGGUAACGAAGUCUCUGGUACUUACCUUGUUGCUCUUGAGAACGCACAUCGUCCCUCUAUCAUUGCUUUGUCCCGUCAAGGUUUGCCCCAACUCGAAGGCUCUUCCAUUGAAGCUGUCACCAAGGGUGCUUAUGUCCUUCAAGAUGCUGAGAAUGCCAAGGUUGUCCUUGUUGCUACUGGCUCUGAAGUUUCUCUUGCUGUGGAGGCUGCUAAGCUUUUGGCUGCUGAAAACAUUCCCGCUCGUGUUGUUUCUAUGCCAUGCUCUGAACUCUUUGAUGAGCAACCUGCUGAGUACCGCAAGUCGGUGUUGCCUGCCAACUUGCCAGCCGUCUCUAUCGAGAGCUUAGGCGUGUAUGGAUGGAACAAGUACGCACACGCUCAAGUUGGUAUGACCAGCUUCGGUGCAUCUGGUCCUGCUGGUCAACUUUACAAGAAGUUCGGUAUCACCGCUGAGAACACUGCUGCCAAGGCUAAGGCCGUUAUUGCUCAUUACCAACAAGUUGGCUACGUCCCUGAGCUUGGUGUUGAAUUCUAA